AUGACAGUUCCCAGGAAUCGUCCCAUGGCGCCAUUUGGCACCAUCAUUAAAUCAAGAAUAAAACAACCCCAGUUUUAUUGGUUCAUAGGCCAUUUUUUAACAAUCUUUAACUUUAUACAAUUUCAUCUUUCAAUCACGUCCAAACAAAACCAAUUGUCAUGCUAUAGGAGAUCAUUAUUCUACAUAUCCAUCACAUAUGCCAUUGUGCUUUACCAGUUUUUCAAAAGUGACCAGUUGAAGUUCAAUUUUACGCUUUUGCGACAAGAGAUCAAGAAAUUGGAUAAUUUGCAGUAUUUUGCCAUGUUAUUCAUACUUUUUAUUUUAUCACAGUUCAACAUCAUAAUCAGUGGCUCGUUAUACAGCCCCGUUAUCUUUUCAAUCUUUCACUUCCUAAACUACUUCAAGGAAAACCUUUUGCCAUUUUUGCCCUUGAUACCACUUAAUUUAAAAAAUUUGUUGAACUCUAAAAUUACAGUAUUCAUCCAAAACUACAAUGGAUUUUUCUUACAAAUGGCCCAGGUAUUUGAAAUUAUCUGCGGAUUACGUGUGGGCCUCUUCCUAGUGCCCUUCAAUUUGUUCCUGUUAUUGGCAAGAAGAGCAAGCGUGUCGUUUGAGGUAGUGGGCACGACGUUGGCGGGGUUAACGUAUGUAUGGUUUUUCAAAUUAAGGUACUUACAAAGUGAAUCUAUGAGACAGAUAUUUAAACAGUAUGUUCUUAGGUUGGAUGCAUAUGUCAGCCGUACUUUGCCCCCAUACUGUGCCCGUCUAUGGAACGGCUAUAAGAAUCUCGUCAUGGCAGUGUUUUGGAAGAUACCUGUGUAA